AUGUUCGUGAGACUCCCAUCAGAGUCUAUAGCUAGGUUUCACUACCUUUCGAAACAAUGGGCAUCCACACUUGGCCGUCAAGAUUUCACUGAUAUGUUUCUGAAGAAUUCCACGAGUCAUCCACGGCUCUUGUUCACCGUCCAAGUUAAUGGCAAGUUAUUCUUCUUCUCUUCACCUCAGGCUCGAAGCCCUGAAGCUGACUCAUCUCUUGUAGCCACCCGAUAUCGUACGUUUUCCCUCGAACGUUACCGCCAUGGAAUAUGUCCCCCGACCCGUGGAUGGCUCUGUUAUCGAGGUCGGGAAAAGGAAGAUACUCCGGUGAUUUGUAAUCCCGCCACUGGAGAGAUUCUUGCAUUACCCAAAACGAAUUGGACUUUUGCAAGAACUUAUUUUGGGUAUGAUCCGAUGGACAAAGUAUUCAAAGUGUUGUGUAUAUCUGCGAAGUCGGUUCAACAUCAAGUUCUGACAGUGGAUACAAGAAGAAUUAUUAGAUGGAGAUGGAUAGUAUGCAAACGACAUGAUCCUUGGUUAUAUGGUCAUGGGAUAUGCAUAGAUGGGGUUUUGUAUUAUUGCGCUCGCGUUCAUAAAGAGAGUGUACUAGUGUGCUUUGAUGUUACAAGUGAGAAGUUUAGCUUUAUCAAUAUAGAUGAUGGAAGCAUGACUUUAGACUCUACUUUGAUCAACUACAAAGGUAAAUUAGGUUUGGUUCAGUUUAAAGACAGCGAUCAAAGAAGUCUUUGUUUGUGGUUGCUAGAAGAUGCUGAGAAACAUGAAUUCUCAAAGCAUAUAUGUGAGUUUCCUCUUUGGUGGCAAGAUAUGGAUUCCCGUUGCUCUUACGACAUUGUUGGAACGACUGCUGGUACGUGUGAUAUUGUCUUGUCGCCGUGCAGUUUACAAGACCGUCUUUAUGUUUUUUACUACAACGUGGAGAGGAAGACUUUGGUAAGAAUUGAAAUACAAGGACACGGGCUAAAGUUAACGAAUUCUGUACUUCAUACAUUUCAAGAUUACGUAGAGGAUGUGAAGCUAAUUAUGGAAAGUCCUCAGGGCUUGGUUAAUUCUGUACUUGAAAGUGUUGUUAAUUGUUAG